AUGUUACGAAAAACAUUUUUUUUUAAAGAAUUUGGAUUAACUAUUCAACACUCAAAACAUCAUUGGCGUAUGUGGCAUGUACUUGGCUCAUGGCGUGCUGGUGAAAAUAGUGGUGGUUCAUGUGCAAAUUCAGGUUGUCGUCAUGGUUGUUAUUAUUGGCGUAAUCCACAAUUUGUUAUUGAAUUAUCAUUAAAUCGUUCAUUUAAUUCCAAUAGAUUAUGUAUGAUGAUAAUUGCAUUAAUGCAAAAGCCAAUAACAAAUAAUUCAAAUGUAAUAUCAAAUGAACAAUAUAUACAAAUACGUCUUUUUAAAAUAAAACCAAAUGUUAAAAUAUGUGAGAAAAAAAUUUAUAAACCAGAUGAACAUCAACAGGUCCGUAUGGUAAGCUUAAAUAUUCUUAUUUAUCUUAUCAAUGAUUUAUUAAAAAUAAAAGUUAAUCGUCGUGAAGUUUCUUUAUUAUUAAAAACAACAACAGGUGCAUAUUUAAUUGUUCCUAGCAUGGCAGAUGUUGAUCAAAAUUGUGAUUUUUUAUUACGAAUUUUUUCUCAAGAUACAACAAUUGGUCGAACUUUUGUUAACAUAUUUGCUAAUGAUAAUUUUGAAGAUUUAUCACGUCGAAAUCUAAAUCAACAAUAUACAUUAUCAGAACAAACACCUAUGAAUAUAUUUUUUGAAGCAACACAUUCAAGAGAAUAUUAUAAAUCUACAGAUCUUGAUGAAAAACGUAUUGAUGUCAUUCCAAUUCGACCUCAACGCUACACAUAUGAAUAA